CCACACCAACUACUGAAUACACCUUGUCUUCAUUACAAGACUCUUUUCAGAACGCGCAAAAUUCAGAGAAUUUGAAGGAGAAAGAAACUAAAGGAUUCUUUGGCAUUUUUCAACGGAGCAAAAAGAAACGGCAACAGACGGCCAGUGCUCCUGCAACACCACUCAUGAACAAGCCAAGGCCGGCCUUUUCUGUGAGAUCCAGUUCAAUUUCAAAACAGUACGACUCAAACACUCUGCCCUCUGAAGUGCCCAAAAAGCGCCGAGCACCUUUACCUCCCAUGCCUGCUUCUCAAAGUGUGCCCCAGGAUCUGGCUCAAAGCCAGGACAAACCUAAGAUCUGUAUGCUGAAAUCCAGUAGUGUGGAUGAAACUGAUAAGGGACUUUCAGGAGUGGGAAUAGAGAGAUCGGGUUCUCUCCACCUCAGUGGCACCUCUUCGGUUAAUUCUUCUUUAAAGCGGGCAAAGCGCAAAGCACCUUCUCCACCUUCCAGAAAACUGCAAGGCCAAAGUGACCCUAGCAUUGAUACAGGAUCAGAAUCUGCAGAAUCAAUUCAUACAGACAGCAUUGACAAAGGAAAAUACUCAAAAUGGCAAUCUCCAACAGGCAAUGUAGUUGAUCUAACCAGGACCACAGUGGCAGCAGGUACCUCAUGCAGCUUUGAUCCAACCAGUCAUGGUCAAAACAAUAUCCAGCAAGUCGCAGAUGAAAGUAGAGUUUUGGUUAACGCUGAUACUCCAGAUGAAUCUGAAGUGUCGCUCAAAUCUGACAUGGGUUCUGAAUAUAGCCUAAAGGAGAUAGAUGAGAACGACGAAAUAUACGAUGAUGUUGUCAGUGCUUCUGAGGUUCCACUAGAUGUUCAGAAACAUGAAACUGCUUCUGAUUCAAGUUUUGGUACUGGAGACAAUUCACAGGAGUCUAAUGAAGGAAAAACAGAAAACACGACUGCAAGAGAUAAAGCUCAAGAUAGUGAAAUACUGAGAGAAAGAGUUAGCAUUCCCAAUGGUACUGCACUUGGAACAUUACAGCCAAACACAAAUAAUGGUCAUAAAGAACCAGCAUAUUCUCUGCCUUCUAACAAACUCAGUAAGGAAGAAAUAGGGAAAAAUAACAAGCCUGAGACACUGGAUGACACCUCUCUAAAUGGGGUGAAUGAUCAAAAAUGUGAUCAGAUCAAUGUAGAUCUAACAAAGACUCAGGAUGUCGCAAUUCAGACCAUAUCUGAAGAUAAUUUUGAUCUGACUGCAUUAAAUGAAAGCAGCAAUCAUCAGGGCCGUGCACUGAUCCCUCACAAAAAUUCAACUCAUGGACACAAGCCAGUACAGAAAAAACAUUCCUCAGGAGCCCUGAAUAUGAUGAAUAAGUCCAUAGGACAAGCAGACCAAAACAGUGUGAAUCCUAAUGGCACCCAUGACAAUGCAUUUGUAAAUGAUAACCAAGUUCUCCCGGAGACAAUGGUCAGAAGCCCAGUUAGUUCUCCUACAAAAACGUACCCAGUUUACAGACAAGGUUCAAAGCCUAAACCUAAGCCUUCCAAUGAAAUUACCAGAGACUACAUACCCAAAGUUGGAAUGACUACUUACAAAAUAGUACCUCCCAAGAGUUUGGAAACAGCGAAGAAUUGGGAAUUAGAUCCUGUGGAAUACCAAGAAGCAGCAGUAUCUCCCAGGAAUGAAAAUUCCCAAGAAUUUGGCACACAAACAGAGACUGCUCAUAUCUCAAAAACACCAUGUCAAACAGAACCUGAUUUUAAGAAUGAAGUUAUACAACACAAGGUAGGGAGAGAUCCGCCGCCUAAAACAUACCCGGCUGCUGAUCAUAGCCCAGUUUCCUUCUCCAAUGCCAAAGGCCAGAAAAUGGAGGUAGAACACCCCAAGCCUAAUCAAGACCACCGGAUUCCUCCCUUAAUUGUAAAUUCAGGGAAUAAAAGUUCUCCACCUGCAGUGCAAGAAAAACCAAAAAUUUUGAGUCCCCCGAUAAGACCAAGCAGUUUUUAUUUGCAAAUACAGAGGAGGACCACAGAUCAUUAUGUAACUUCUGCCAUUGCAAGAAGUGCCUCUCUAAGCGCCCCUAUUCAGAAUGAAGCCAAGACUGUAGAGGCGGAGAAAAAGGUGGCAUCUCCAGAUCAACUUUGCCCUCCACUACCUAAACCAAUUCCCGUUCCUUCUCAGUUACCCGAGGAAACUACUGAAAACGGUUGCCAUGAAGAAGAAAGAAAACUCUCCACUUCUCCUGUAAAAGUGUCUCAACCAUUGAAUUCUCCUUCAUCCCAGCUUUCUCCAUUGCAUUUGAAAAAAAGUGGCUCUCUAAGCGCCCCUAUUCAGAAUGAAGCCAAGACUGUAGAGGCGGAGAAAAAGGUGGCAUCUCCAGAUCAACCUUACCCUCCACUACCUAAACCAAUUCCCAUUCCUUCUCAGUUACCUGAGGAAACUACUGAAAACGGAUGCCAUGAAGAAGAAAGAAAAGUCUCCACUUCUCCUGUAAAAGUGUCUCAACCACUGAAUUCUCCUUCAUCCCAGCUUUCGCCAUUACAUUUGAAAACUUUGAGGACUUUUGUUUUGCCACAGCCAUAUUCUCCUCCUAAACCUUCUCCUUUUGCUCUUGCUGUAUCAUCAGCAGUUAAAAGAUCACAGUCCUUCAGUAAAACAUGCACCAAUACAACCAGACCAUUAAAAGAACAAUCUUCUCUUGAUCUUAGCACAUCACCAUCCAGCACUGAAGUAAAGGAUGAUUCACCUAUACUGAGUCCAACAACUCAGACACAGCAGAUCCUGACCGACAAGCAGAAGACUAACGAUGCAAGCUAUGACCAAAACAGGCAGGCUCCCCCUUUACGCAACCAUCCAGCCACCGCUAUCUGUGAGAGAAGCAUUGCUGCAGCAGUCCAACACCCUGACCCAGAACAGAUCCACCAGAGCUUGCUGGCUGCAAUCCGCUCUGGAGAGGCUGCUGCCAAAUUGAGGCGGGUUGCACCUCCAUCAAACACUAUUGCCAUCAAUGGAAGAUCCAGUCUCAGUUCUCCAGUGUCCAUCGAAACAAGAUACAGUAGUCAUUAAGACUUUGUACCAAAUAUUUUGCACUUUAAUCACAAUUGCAUAGAUCUACUGCAUAAAACCUACUUCACAGUUACCUGCAUAAUUAUUGAAGACUAUGUAUAAAUUGCAGGAUUGUGUGGGUAUAUAUUGUCGAGAGUGAAGCACAGAAAUUUAAUGGAUGCCUCAAAAGAAUUCUUAAAAUAUAAUAAUUUAUGGCUUUUUGCCUUUUCUCUUUAAAACUGAAAAUGCUGCUUCAGAACUUAUUCCAUGGCGCAGAACAGUUGUAGAUUUUUGCUGCUGUAAUAAUCAGAUAUGUUAAUUUCUACUUCAUCCAUAAUAAAUGGUGUGUAGCAAUGUGCUGUAUAAUGCUAAGAUUCAUCUUAAUGUUUGUAACUGCUUAAUAAUUAUGUUUCAGAAACAUUUGAAUUUAAAUGUAGUUAUUCUCACCUGUUGCCUUGAAUGUUAAAUUUGAAAUUAAUUACUGCACUUAGCUAAAUAUUAUCUAGAAACUCUGAUGGGCAGGUUUUCUAGUAAAAAAAAAAAGCAAUGUAGAUGAUAUACACCUAAAGUUAUAUACUUCUAAAUCAGUUUAAGUGCUUAUUGUUCUCCCUUAAAUCAGUAGAACCUAAAGGUGCUUAAUUUCGGCUCGAUUAUGCCUAUUUAGAUUGAUUAUUACCAUGUUUGUGUCUAGUAUCAAAGUGAAAAAUAAUAAAACACAAAUCCCCUGGCACUUA